AACCAAACCAGCUCUAAUCGUGACUGGCGCUUAAUAACAACGACCGAAAGGUGAAAAAGUCAGCAUAAAACACAAAAAUACGCAAUAAAUACACAACGGACCUAAUUAAAAACAAAGAAAAAAUUGGCACAUUGCUAGUGGCUGAGUUGAGAUACGCUUAGUUGAUAGAUUGAUUCGUAAAUUCGUGUGUUGACCGACCCCAUAUCUCGUCUCGUCCGAAUCAAAAUUCCAAGUCGCAAGAUGGCCGGAGCAACACUUUUCGAGCGUGCCCAGGCAUUGUCCAGCGUAAAUCGCGAGGAGCAGGACAGCUCUCUUUUGAACAAGAUCGUCCGAGACCAGGAAGGUGCCGAGAACGAUGAGGAACGUAUCCGGAUUAAGGAGCAGGGAAUCUUACAGCAGGGAGAGCUCUACAAGCAGGAGGGCAAGGCCAAAGAGCUUGCCGAUCUCAUCAAGGUGACUCGUCCGUUCCUCAGUUCGAUCAGUAAGGCCAAGGCAGCAAAGCUGGUGCGUUCACUGGUGGACAUGUUCCUUGACAUGGACGCGGGUACAGGCAUUGAGGUUCAACUGUGUAAAGACUGCAUUGAGUGGGCAAAACAGGAGAAGCGUACCUUCCUUCGCCAAUCCCUGGAGGCUCGUCUGAUUGCCUUAUAUUUCGAUACUGCUUUGUAUACCGAGGCUCUUACUUUGGGAGCCCAGCUUCUGCGGGAACUAAAAAAGUUGGAUGACAAGAACCUGCUGGUGGAGGUCCAGCUACUGGAGAGCAAAACCUACCAUGCACUGAGUAAUCUGCCCAAGGCAAGAGCCGCCCUUACCUCGGCCCGAACCACGGCCAAUGCCAUCUACUGCCCGCCAAAGGUCCAAGGUGCCCUGGAUCUGCAGUCGGGUAUCCUGCAUGCCGCCGAUGAGCGCGAUUUCAAGACCGCCUUCUCCUACUUCUACGAAGCCUUUGAAGGAUUCGACAGUGUGGACAGCGUCAAGGCCCUGACCUCGUUAAAAUACAUGUUGCUCUGCAAGAUAAUGCUGGGACAGUCCGAUGAUGUCAACCAGAUUGUUAGCGGAAAGCUGGCAAUUACCUACUCGGGACGCGAUGUAGAUGCAAUGAAAUCGGUGGCGGAAGCCUCACACAAACGCUCCUUGGCUGACUUCCAAGCUGCGCUCAAGGAAUACAAAAAAGAACUGGCCGAAGAUGUGAUCGUGCAGGCUCAUUUGGGAACGUUGUACGAUACUAUGCUGGAGCAGAACUUGUGCCGCAUUAUUGAACCAUACUCCCGUGUGCAAGUUGCCCACGUGGCCGAGAGCAUCCAGCUGCCUAUGCCGCAGGUUGAAAAGAAGCUCUCCCAAAUGAUCCUAGACAAGAAGUUCAGUGGUAUUCUGGAUCAGGGUGAGGGAGUACUCAUCGUUUUCGAAGAGACGCCUGUUGAUAAGACCUAUGAACGCGUGCUGGAAACCAUUCAAAGUAUGGGUAAGGUGGUGGAUACACUGUACCAGAAGGCCAAGAAACUCUCGUAAGCGGUGCGCAGGAGGCACUAUUCAAUUCAAACAUGAUAUCAGCAUACUUAGCAGACAUUUCAUAGUUUCCUUUUGUAUUUUCCAACAACUCCCAAUCCUUGUUCGAGCCAAUCAAGUUUUAUUUUUCUGCAAAAACAAAAUUAAACCGAAAUUGGUAAAAUAGCAACAGAAGCAGCAACAACAACAGCCACAGAAAAAUGUAAAACUAAAUCCAUUAAACUAAAUUAAGCAAAAUUAUUAAUCAUUGAGUGGGAUCGAAUUGUUUACGCAAGUGCGCUAAAAUAAGCAUAAUAUUCAAUUAACUACAUAAUAAAUGAAAAACAAAACAAAACCGUAAACAAAA